GAGGAACUGAUCCCAAGUCUGUUUAUCAUCUCCUCAGGUAGCACGAAGACUGUCUUUAAGAAAGCACCCAGAGUGCCACAGCAUGGCUGGGGGGAAGGCCAUAGAACACUUGGCUCAAACUGGGAACCAGGAGCUGCUCACCUUCCGGCUGCCCAUGCAGCACUAUCGGAACUGCAACUUCUCCUUCUCUGGACUUCAGAACCUCGUCAAUAAUGCCAUUGUACAAAAAGAAAAAGAAGAAGGUAUUCAAGAAGGUGAGAUCCUGUCCUGUGUUAAGGAUGUUGCUGCUGCUGUACAGCAUGCAGUGGCUGUUCAUAUUAUCCAGAGGACAUAUCGAGCCAUGCUGUUCUGCAUCAAAAACAGCAUUUUACCAUCAAAAAAUGCCACUUUGGUUGUAUCAGGAGGAGUUGCAAGUAAUCAGUAUAUCCGAAAAGGUCUACAGAAUUUGGCAGAUGCAAAUGAUUUUGCUUUGCUGUGUCCUCCUCCAAGACUCUGCACUGAUAAUGGUGUUAUGAUUGCAUGGAAUGGCAUUGAAAGGCUGCGUGCAGGACUGGGCGUUCUGCACAGUACUGAUGGCGUCCGCUAUGAACCAAGAGCUCCCCUUGGAAUUGAUAUUUCAAAAAGAGUUGAAGAAGAUUCGAUCAAGGUGCCAGAAUUAAAAAAGAUACGAUGGUUGGCAUCUUAAAAAUUAACUUAACAAAGUAAUUGCAACUAUAAGUUGUUCAAUAAAAACUGUUUCAAUGCUGUUAGAUUGAGUUA